AUGGGAAGAGGUGGUUUAGGUGUUGGUGGAUUACUGCUGAUAAUGUUGAUUGUGAUUAACAUGGAGGUUAAUGAAUCAACUACUUACGAGGUGGGAGAUGAAUUUGGAUGGGAUCCCACCAUUGACAUGGAGACUUGGCCUCGUGGCAAAACAUUUCAUGCCGGUGAUAUCUUAGAAUUCAAGUAUGAUGACCAGAAGUACGACGUGGUGGUGACGGACCAAGAAGGGCACGACACGUGUACCGUAACACCGAGAUCAGAGGUACAUAACUCGGGAGAUGACCGUAUCGAACUUCAGCAUGGAGGCAAUUAUUUCAUCUGCAGCAUCUCGUCGCUCUGCAGCGCCGGAUUGAAGAUGGCCGUCUCCGCUGACUUCUAG